CAAAAAAUUAUUUAAGAACAUUAUUUUAACAUUCCAAGUCAAAAGUCAUUCAUAAAAACUCUUCUUUUCAAGAACAAAAAGAAGCUACAGGUGGAUUUGGCCAUGUCAAUAACUAACUGACGACCAAAAAACCUAAAAUACAAGAAAAAUCAUGUCAAUAAAUUUUGUUAAAAUCGAAAACGAGACGUUAUGCAGGUUUUGCUUAGCUCACCAAGGGUCCGAGGACUUUCAUGACAUCGAUGAUGACCAAAAAAUUGCUGGAACAAUGUCAAUUCGAGAUGCCUUACUGUCUUGCACGAAUCUGGAUGUGAGGAUAUUGGAGACCUACAACAAGUGCUGUAACGAUUGCUUUUCCAAGUUAUCUGACGUCUACGAGUUUUUGCAGGGAUGUCAAGCAGCUUUAGAAACCUUACAAAGCUAUAACGUUGUAGAAAAUGACAAUUCUGUGUGCCAAGAAGACUCUUUUCAUGACAUUUCUGAUGCAGAAGAUGCGAAAGAAGCUCCAAUUGUGGUUGAAACUAUAACUUGCAACUUUUGUUUUGAGCAAUUUGAUGACAAAACUUCGUUAGAAACGCAUAUUAAGGAGUUGCAUCCCGUUGAUCGUCGAUAUUCGUGUCCAACUUGUGGCAAAGGCUUUCAAAGUGUCUCGAACCGGAACACGCACAUGCAAUUACACAACACUGGAGACACCUAUAAAUGCCUAAAAUGCGAAAAAACGUUCAAAUCUAAGGUUUAUUUGAGUAAACACACGAAAUUUGUGCAUUCCGUGAACGAAAAAAAGUGCGAAAUUUGUAACAAGACCUUCGUGAAUGCCGCCAAGUACAAAUAUCAUGCGAGAUCUCAUGAUGCCAGCAAGCAAUUUCAUUGUAAAUAUUGUCCACGAAGUUUUAUCCAAGUUCAUCACUUGCAAAAUCACGAAAGAACUCACACGGGCGUCUUUCCGUUUUUGUGUACGGUUUGUGGGCAACGUUUCAAAGUAGCGUGCAACUUAAAUUUGCAUAUGAGGGUUCAUAAUAACGAUCGGAAAUUCGUUUGUGAGAUUUGUUCAAAGGCUUUUAUCCGACAAUCCGCCUACAAGUCGCACAUGAAAGGACAUUCGAGUGCCGCGAUACCUAAUGAAGACAAGCCAAAGGAGUUUCAAUGCGAAUGUGGAAGAAGUUUUCAUCAAAAAUCCUCGUUAAAAGUCCAUUUACGCACUCACAGCGGCGAAAAACCCUUCGAAUGCCAACAAUGUGACAAACGUUUCUCCCAGCGACAUCAACUGACGUACCAUGUAAAAGCUCUUCACACAAAAAUGGAGAAAAUUGAGGCAAAAGAACCUGAAAUUUCUGAAGUUGCGUCAAAAGAAUCUCCGGAAAAGUCCAGUAACUUACCGUACAUCUGCACAAUUUGCGAUAAACGCUUCAAAGUUCCCUCAUCUCUGUUGACACACGCCAAAAUCCACACCGAGGACCGAAAAUUUUCCUGUGAUAAAUGCAACGCCAAGUUCAAAAGGCGUGAACAUCUCCGGAUUCACGUGAAUGGCGUCCAUUUGAAGCUCAAACCGUUCAAAUGCGAGAUUUGUGAUCGAACUUUUUCACAAAUUGGCGAUCGAAAUGUCCAUAUGAAGAGUCACAGCGACCAAAAAGAGCAUUCCUGUACAAUUUGCAACAAAAAAUUCCGUCUCGUCAAGGCUUUGAGGACCCAUUUGCGGAUUCAUACGGGCGAAAAACCCUAUUCUUGCACAUUUUGUCAAAAAUCCUUCACGACUUACAUGGCAAUGGCAGCUCACACGGAAAAAUGUCAAGCGACGAUAAAUGCGGGACAAUUGACAGACAGCGGGAAAGAUAUUACAGUGAUCACGCUUGCAUCGCAGAACUCGCAGAGCAUCCAGUCUAUCGAAAUUCCAGCGGGUAUUGUGCUGACAGUGCCGAUCACGAAGCUUUGAUCUUGAAAAUAAAGGUUUUUUUUUAA